AUGAAUGAAUUACAUUUUAAGGUUGAAAGUGAAAGCCGUAGACUAUUUAAACGCUUGUAUGAGCAGCAGAGAGAGGCGGAGUGGAACUCAGACGGUGGACAUACAGACAGCGGAAUCACAACCAUGAACGCUGUAAAUGCUGUGCUACUGUUCUUUCUGGUCUGGACUUUUACCGCUGUCUGUCAAGAUGAAAAUUUAAGUGUAAGCUGUGAUGAUGUGACUGGAUUUGUGGGGAAAAAAGUAAAUCUCACCUGCAGAGUCUCUCAGGAAUGUGACAAAUACUGCUUGAAAAUGUAUAAGUUUAUAUUCCCCAAUGACUCAAUAAUCUGUAAACAAGAGUCUCCUGUGAACUGUGAUCAGAGUAAUACCUUCACAUGCAGCUACACUCCAACUACUUCAGGGACAGAAAAAAUCAGAUUCUUUGUGCAAGCGAUCUGUGGAUUGAAAAGAACAGAAUUCACUGUGGAUAUAGCAGGUUCAUUAAUUGAAGAAGAUGAUCCUGAAUCUAAGGAUACUGCCAUCUCUGCAGCUGUGGGCUGUUUCAGCAUCGUUCUCAUCAUCAUCAUCAUCAUAAUUAUCAUUUACAAAACAAAAACAAACUUUAACAAAUCUUGUGGAUUCCAGAAGAGGACAUUUCUUUGCAUUAAACAUGAUGAGGACAACACCACUGCUCCAGUAGAUGUGAUAUAACAGCAUCGACUCAGCAGUAUGAGUUCUCAUGUUGUGCUCACGAAACACACAACAGCUUUAUUUUAACUCCACUCUAAACUACAUACUGUACUCUACUA